CAGAAUGCCUACACAACCAACUCUGACCACCAUCAAUUACAAUCUCAACCACCAUCACUGCCUACACAACCAACUCUGACCACCAUUAAUCUUCACCACCAACCCCACCACCAACCCCAUUACUCAUUCAUCCUACACCAUAAAUCCCUUUACUUCCUAUAUUAGUCCCCUAUGCACCAAAGGCAUCCUACACCAUUACAUUACUUCCCUUCUUCCCUUGUUGCAGGAAAUAACCAGAAGAAAUGGAACAAGAUCCACCAUCAACCUUCAUCCGCCCUUGCAAACGCCAAGACAACCUUGCCUCCAGCUCUCGUCCUCUCAUUCCCGGCCCAGCUGGCGCCGUCCAGGCCGCCAUGAUUCACCGCAGAUCCACCGACGACAAACCAAACAUUUCAACCCAACAAUUCGUUAGGCAAGUCCUCCAAGACGGCCACGACACCGAUCCCGAUUUCCAAUCCAAUGCUUGGCUUUCAGCCCUGCAAUUAAACGGAUCUGCCACUCCUCUGGGCGCAAUCACUCACCAUCAUGAAAGAGUAGAUCACAUCAUCGGUGUUAUCAAAUCCUGCAAUCCCAAUGGGUUUGGAGAUGCAACAGUUACACUCAAGGACCCUACGGGCACUGUUGGCGCUAGUAUCCAUCACAAGGUAUUCACUGAAAGCGUAUUUGCGAAAGACAUAACUGUUGGAUCUGUUCUGCUUCUCCAAAAGGUCGCUGUGUUCUCUCCUAGAAAGUCUAAUUGUUAUCUGAAUAUAACCUUGUCCAAUGUAGUCAAGGUAUUUCCAAAGGACAGUGCACCUCCACCUGGAAGCUUCACAAACAUAACAGAAGAUUAAUAUUAGUUCUUUACUAAUUCUAUAUUAAGGACUAUUUGUGUAACUUUUGAAAUGCUGAGCUUAGAUUAUGUAU